AUGCAUCAGAUAGGGAGCGGCAUGUACGUGUCCGGCCGGGCGCCGGACAGGAAGCGGGAGCGGCAGCUGUCGUCGGGGUCGGUAGCCACGCCGCCGUACACCGGCGGGGACCUGUCGCGGUCCGGCGAGCUGGGCCGGAUGUUCGACGUCGCCUCCUCGUCGUGGCAGUCGCAGGCGCCGUCCCCGGCCUCCUCCUCGCGCCGCAGCUCCGGGCACCUGCCGCUGCCGCCCCGGCCUGCCCCGUCGCCGUCGGCGUCCGGGCCGCUGUCGCAGCUCUCGCACUCGGGCCUCCUCGUGGGCCCGUCGCCUCCCGCCGCGCCUUCGCCGUCGCCGGCUCGCGGAGGGUCGUGGAGGAAGGCGAGCCGGAGGCGCGCGGCCGCCAUGGAGGAGGCGGCGCCCGUCGUGGCGCGCGGGAGCACGAAGCUCGCGGUCCCGUUCGCGUGCUACGUGCUGGUGCUCGUGGCCGCCGCGGCCGGGGUCGGCGCCGGGCUGUUCUUCCUCGUGGCGUGGCGCCGGUGGGAGGCGCUCGCGGCUGCGGGCGGCGCGGUGGCGGCAGCCGCGGCCGUGCUCGCCUGGAACUUUCUGCGGUGCGCGGCGGAGGCGGAGCGGUUCUUCCGGCUGUCCCCCGACACGGUGUUCGAGCAGGGGGACAUGCCCAUCGGCGAGCUCGUCAAGAUCACCGGGCAAGUGACCUGCGGCCGGGUGCCCGUGGGGGCCUGCUUCCACGACGCCGCCCGGUGCGUCUUCACGUCGGUCCGGAUGUACGGCCGCCGUGGGUGGGCGUGGGCCUGCUGCUGCUCCCGGUGGCAGCUCCGGCACUCCGAGGCGCGGUCGACGAACUUCUACAUCUCCGACAGGAACACCGGGAGGAGGUUCUACGUGCGCGCCGGAGAAGGCGCCAAGAUCACCUGGAUGAUCAACCGGAAAACCACCAGCUUCGACGGCGGAGACGGCAAGGGCAAGGGCGCGUCACGGAGCCUCAAGAGCUGGGCGGCGAGCACCGGCGUGUCCUGCGACGGCGCCGUGCGCGUCGAAGAAGGGUUCAUCAGGGAGGGAGACACGGCGAGCGUGAUCGGCGUGCUGAAGAGGCACCACGCCUUCGACGUCGUCGACGCGCCGGACGGCGUGGUGGCCACCGGCUGCCAGCCGGCGAGGUGCAUGUUCCCCGUGCUCGUCGAGGGGCUGGUGCUCAUCGGCAGCGACGACCCCGACGAGGGCUUCUACAUGGUCUAA